AUGAGUGACCCAAACAAUCCAAACAUCCACGCCCGCUCCACACCACAAUGGGGCUUGAUGCAACGGGAGAUGUUCUGGGCACCGAACGAAGGUAAAGUUCAGCCCUUCAAUACGGACCCUGAGGAAAUCAGGAAGCUUGCCAAAGAAAAGCUCAGCCAAGGCGGAUGGUACUACAGUAGCUGCAACGCCGGCAUCAGCUGGACGCACUAUGCGAACCGCACCUCCUUCUAUCGCCACCAAAUCAUCCCCCGCAUGCUCGUUGACACCAACAUUCGCGACAGCGCAACCACUCUCUUCGGCCACAAGCUUGCUGGCCCGAUUGGUUUCGCGCCUAUUGGUAUCAACCGCAUCUACCAUCCUACUGGCGAGCUCAGCGUUGCUAAGGUAGCCAAGGACCUCAAUCUGUUGUACUGUCUCUCCUCCGCCGGCAGCUAUAGCAUUGAGGAUGUUGGCAAAGCCAAUGGCGACGGCGUACGCUUCUUCCAGCUCUACCAGAGUCCUGACGAUGAGCAGGCGGUGAACAUGCUACAGCGCGCCUACGACAGCGGAUUCACUGCCCUCAUGCUCACCACUGACACGUGGCAGCUCGCGUGGCGGCACAAUGACGCGUACGAAGGCAACUAUGCCUUUUAUCACGAGCAUGGCACUGGCGGUAUCGGACUUAAUGAUAAGGUGUUCCUGCAGCGCUUGAAGGAGGCGAACAUUGAUCCUGCGAAGGAGCCGAAGAAGGCGGGUGCGAAGUGGAUGGAUGAGAAUAUCUGGCAUGGGCACAGCCAUACGUGGGAGAAGCUGCCGUGGUUGAUGGAGCAGUGGAAGCGGAUCAGUGGCGGGAAGCCAUUCUGUCUGAAGGGUAUCCAGAGCGUGGCGGAUGCGAAAAAGGCGGUAGAACUGGGAGUAGAUGGGAUCGUGGUGAGUAAUCAUGCAGGACGGCAGGUGGACGGAGCAAUCUCGAGCCUGGACGCCCUCGAGAAGAUUGCGGAGGCUGUCGGGGACAAGAUCGUUGUUAUGUAUGACUCCGGAGUUCGUACGGGCGCCGAUGUGUUCAAAGCGCUGGCUCUCGGAGCAAAGUUCGUCUUUGUCGGCCGCCUCUGGGUCUGGGGCUUAUCGAUCCGUGGGCAGCAAGGGGUCGAUCACGUUAUGCGUGCUCUGCUUGCUGAGUUUGACCUUCUGCAGGAAUGUGCUGGCUAUCCCAAGAUCAGCGAGAUCAAUCGCGACGCGAUCGACAGUCUUCCACGCGUGGCCAUCAUGCCGUCUGACCCGAACAUCGUCUGA